AUGAUGAGCCCUAACUGUGGCAUCGUCAAAGCAACCGAGACAUUAAAAAAUGUUGGAGAUUUGGACAUUGAGCAGAAACUUAAGCUUAUCAACAAACCUGCAGUCAAAAUCAUCAAGUCUAUAUAUGGUGAACGGUAUGGGUGCGUGGAUUUCUACAAACAACCAGGAUUCGACCAUUCUUCCAUGACGACGAAUCACACAUCCUUUAACUAUAAGUUUGCUGUUGUGCGGACUAGCGGAAAACUAAAGAGUUACAAUGGAGCGUACAUGACUGUUAAGAUAUGUACUCCUCCGGUUCAACGGAAUCAAAGGAGCUCUGCUCGGAUGAUGAUUCAGUUUGGAAAUGAAUUCAUCCAAGCCGCUGCAACUGCGCCGGUAACCGAUCGAUCUCUGAGUCUCACUCAGAUCAAAACUCAUAUCCCACUUAUUCUUGAUAUGAACCAUAUGAACUACGACAUAUGGCGUGAGCUCUUUGAAACCCAUUGUCAUAGCUUCUCGGUUCUUGGCCAUAUUGAUGGCACCUCGCUACCCACCGGCGAUGAGGACACUGUCUGGGCUCAAACCGAUGGCACGGUUAAGAUGUGGAUCUAUGGUACUAUCUCGGAAUCUCUCCUCAAAUCAGUGCUCAAAACUAAGUGUUCUGCCGCCGAGUUGUGGAAGUCGUUGGAAAAUCUUUUCCGUGAUAACAAAGAAUCACGAGCCAUUCAACUUGAGAAUGAACUUCGACAACUCCGAAUCGGCGAUCUUCCGGUUCAUGAGUACUGUCAGAAAUUGAAGACUCUCUCGGAUCUGCUCGCAAAUGUCGAUUCUCCAAUCACCGACAGACAACUUGUGAUGCACCUCCUCAACGGUCUUAGCUCCAAGUUUGAUAACAUUAUUAAUGUUAUCCGACAUCGAUCUCCGGCGUGUACGUUUAGCCUUGCUCGAUCGAUGCUUAAGGAUGAGGAAGAUCGGCUUAACACAAAACGCCAGAUCGAAGCUUCUCAUAACGAUACGGCCUCCUCUCCGCAGAUUCUUGUUGCGACGGCUCCACCGGCGUACGAUCCCAACCCGCGAUCUAACUCCGGCGACCACCAGAAUCGUGGCAAUCGAAACAAUCGUGGAAACCGCGGCGGCCGAAACUCGAAGGGUCGGGGAAACUCGAAUUGGCAAGGCAACUGGAAUUCUGGGCCUCCAUCACCUUGGGUCUGGCCCAAUACACCACCAUGGCCCAUGCUUGCUCCUUGGCAACAACAGCCCCCAUGGCCCAUACACUGGUCCGGCCCACCUACGCCUGGCCCAUCUCCUUGGUCCAAUUACCCACGACCUCCGGCCACACAACCACCAUCGUCGGGUCUUCUUGGUCAGACUCCGAGAUCCACGUAUCUCUCAACGCACAAUACGCCAGCUCCGCCGUCCCCUGCUCCACAGAAUGAGAUGAUUCCGACGGCCUUGGCCACUGCUUUCAACACCAUGUCUCUCUCCGAUCCGACUGACGCCGGAUGGUACAUGGACACAGGAGCGACGGCUCACUUAACGGCACAGCCGGGUAAGAUUUCGUCUCUCUCGUCCUCGGCAUCUUUGCCAUUAGUCACUGUUGGUAAUGGUGCACUUAUCCCAGCAACUGCUGAUCUUCGUACCCGAGUCCCUCUCAUCCGAUGUGAUAGUAGUGGUCCUUUGUACGCUAUUACUUCACCAUCUCGGAACUCAUCUCAUCAUGCUUUAGUCACCUCCACUGCCUCGUCAAUUUGGCAUCGCCGUCUCGGCCAUCCUGGCGAUUCUGUUCUUCGUUUAUUAUCAUCUUCUGGUUUUCCCUCCAAACACCGUGGGUUUCGGUGUGUUGACUUGGAAACUCGUCGCAUCAUCAUCUCACGGCAUGUGGUUUUCGAUGAGAAUGUUUUUCCUUUUGCAGGCACUUCUCCACCUUCGCCACCUUUCCCUGUUUCACCAAUGGCGUAUCCACCGCCUCUCCUUCAGGUUGUAUCCACGGCCCCUUUAACCCCACCGGCGGAUCCACCAUCUCCUCCUCCACCACUGUCUCCACCUCUCUCGCCUACACCAGUGCCACCGAGUCCUGUGGAUCCAAAUCCACCAACACCACCUCUCUCGCCUGGUCAUAACUCGCCACCUCCCUCUCCGCAGCAACAACUCCAUCCGGCGCCAAUUCAGCCUGCAGCUGCACCUGUGCCGACGCGGAUUCAGACUCGGAGUCAAAGUGGCAUUGUCAAGCCUAAGAAAUUGUUCUCUCUUCACACUGCCACUAUUUCUCCUCUGCCUCGCUCACAUCUUGCUGCUUUCAGGGACCCAAAUUGGAAUCCAGCUAUGCAUGAGGAGUAUAACUCGCAGAUGGCAGCACGCUCUUGGACUCUUGUUCCUCGACCUUUGAAUACUAACAUUGUGCGUUCCAUGUGGCUGUAUACUCAUAAGUUUCGUGCAGAUGGAUCGUUAGCUCGCCACAAAGCUCGUCUCGUCGCCAAUGGAAAGUCUCAACAAGCCGGCGUCGACUGUGCAUAA